AUGCCGUCAUCGGUGGAGCUUAUCGGAGAUGGAGCGUUUUCAGACUGUAGAUCUUUAAAGGAUGUCGAUAUUCCGGCCUCGGUGGGCACUGUUGGAUCUAUGGCUUUCAGUCGGUGCGAUUGUCUGACAGGUUUGAAUCUGAAGGAAGGCUUGAAAGAGAUUGGACAUGGUGCUUUUGUCAGCUGUGUGUCGCUCCAAAAUAUCAGUAUUCCGUCAUCAGUUCAAGUGAUUGGACGCAAUUCGUUUCAAGGGUGUAUUUCCUUGAUGAAACUCGACUUGAAAGAAGGGCUCAAGGAAAUUCACCAGGAAGCUUUUUCACAUUGCAACUCUAUCAAGGUGCUCAAUGCUCCUUCCUCCGUGGAAAUAAUCGAGUCGUCCUCCUUCAAAAAAUGCUUUUCUUUGGAGAAAGUGAGUCUGAAGGAAGGGCUAAGAAGGGUCGGGUAUUCUGCUUUUGAGGAUUGUACAGCUUUGCAUGGAAUUGAGAUUCCCUCUACAGUAGUAGCCAUCGGACACUGUUGCUUCAGAAAGUGCAAGUCUCUUUCAGAUGUGAAGCUGUCUCCUCGGUUGUUGACUCUCGAAGACUCCGUUUUCAAGAGUUGUAUGCGACUGCGAGCAAUAUCUCUCCCUCAAUCAAUUGAGACGAUUGGGUAUGCGACGUUCUGGGGUUGCUCUGGAUUGGUGUCUGUUGAGUUUCCAUAUCAAAGAGCAAUGAGUAUUUCCUUGGACUCGUUCGGGAACUGCAGGUCACUCGCAAACAUCUCAAUCCCUUCACAGAGCACAGAUGGCUCCUUUUUUGGUUGCGACCGGUUAGAAGAGCAACGGGGCGCUGCCGAAAUAGGACAUCUCACAACGUUACGUUGGCAAGAGCAUCCAGUCCACAGGAAAUGCCUGUAUGCCUCGGUGACUACAGUGGAGGAGCUCCGCGAGGAAGCUGAGUACAGCAAGGUGGAGGAUACUUCCCAACAGCACGGUUACAGCAACCUGGUGGAUUCAUUCGGCAUGACACCGCUUCAUGUUCUAUUAUCGUCAGCAACACCAAGGCUAGAUCUGCUGAAAGUUUUACUAGAUGCUUAUCCAUCGGCCGUGAUUGGAAUGAAAGACAGUCGCGGGAAGCGCGCUUUGGACUAUUUGGUAUCGAGCUGUACGACACAGUCAAAGAACUUGAUGAAGGUCACCAUUGAAGCAUGGACCUUGAAUCGGUCUUUCGUUCGAGCCAACGAGGUCGCUAGGAACGACAUGACGUCGAGGAUCGCCGCAUUGUUUUCCGAAUGGAGUGGGGAAGAAAAAUUGGAACGACUGAGAAGUCUGUGUACUGCUCAAGAAGGGUAUGAAAAUGCCGAGAAAAUCUCUCUUCUUGAGAUGUGGCUUUGGAAAAUGGCUAUGUUAUCUUUCGCAAACACUUAUGGCGAAGGCCCGGUAGUUCGGAGUGCUUGUCGUUUUGGGUGUGGGGCAUUGUUUAGCAUUCCAGCGAUCAUUGAAUUUUGUGGUAGGGACAUAAAAGACUCAUACUCUUCCAACUCCGACAACAGUGAUACAAACAGCUCUUCCAGCUAUUACCGAGGUCUUGAUGAGGAUUAUCGUUAUGAUGCGUCUGACUACUAA